UAAAAUUAUAGAGACGGACGUGUUAUCACGUGAGGAACAGUAUUCUGUUUGUUUUUGUAACAGGACACUGUUGAUCCACAGGGUGGAAUAUGAUGUCGGCCCACCGUGUGCAGCUCCUCCUGGAAGGAUUUCCUCAGGUUCAGGAGUGUUUAUGGGGAGUGUUGAUCAUUCUUCCAGAAGCACAUGUGUGGGGUCACACUGAUGUUGGAGGAGAAGGCCUGGCUCACAGUCUCCGCUCUGAUUGGUCCCAAAGGUGUUGGAUCAGGCUGAGGUCAGGACUCUGCGCAGGCCGGUCCGGUCCUCCCACACCAAACCGGCUCGUCCAUGUCUUUGUGGACUUUUCUUUGUGCACUGGUGUGCAGCCAUCCCCACACUGUUCCCACAUACUGGGAACAUGAAGGUGUCCACAGUGUCUCGGUCUGCUGAAGCACGAAGACUCCAGAAGAACACCCCACACCAUAACCCCCCUCUACCAAACUUUACACAGUGCAGUCAGACAAGUACCGUUGUCCUGGCAACCGCCAGACUCGUCCAUCAGAUCGCCAGAUGGAGAAGCGUGAUUGGUCAGUCCGGGGAACACGCUGACACUGCUCUAGAGUCCAGCGGCGUGUUCUACACCACUGCAUCAACACUUGAUGAUGUAAGGCUUGGAUGCAGCUGGUCACCAUGGAAACUCAAAACUUGUUGAGCUCAUCUGAAGGCCAUGUGACGUUUGGAGGUCUGUAUCUGUUGGCUCUGCAGAGCCUACCACAGCACCACGCUGGAACAGUCUGCAUGCCUAGAUGCUCGAGUUUAUACACCUGUGACCGUGCAGCCUCCUCAGCAGACAUGGAGCGUACCUUCAUUGCUGUGAAGCCCGAUGGCGUCCAGAGAGGACUGUGUGGCGAGAUCAUCAAGCGCUUUGAGCAUAGAGGCUUCAGGCUGGUCGCCGCCAAAUUCGUGCAGGCCUCUGAGGACCACAUGAAGAAGCACUACCUGGACCUGAAGGACAUGCCUUUCUACGCUGGACUCUGCAAAUACAUGUCCUCUGGACCCAUUCUCGCCAUGGUGUGGGAGGGUCAGAACAUUGUGAAGCUGGCCAGGAUGAUGCUGGGUGAGACCAACCCCGCUGACUCCAAGCCCGGCAGCAUCCGUGGUGAUCUGUGCAUCAACAUCGGCAGGAACAUCAUUCACGGCAGCGACACCCUGGAGAACGCCAAGAUGGAGGUCGACCUGUGGUUCAAGGCCGAGGAGUUUGUCACCUACACCCCAUGUGCCCAGUCCUGGCUGUACGAGUAAACCGGCCCCACCCACCACCAUCCGUCAGCCCCGCCCUCCCUGCAGUCGAUCGUCGAUCAAUCCACAAC